CCGGAUGUCAAAAUGCAGCUAUGUUCAGCGGUGGUAUCAUAGCCACCGGAAAAAUGUAAUGGAAGAAUGAGAUUAAAAUCAGGCACAACAAGGAGAUAGGAAGGUUUCGUUCUAGCAACAAUUGUGUCCCUCUCAAAUUUCCACGGAGCUUGAAAACCAGGCCGGUCGCAUUCAAACACGACCAGAAGUGGACCAGUGAUACGGACCUGUUUGGAGCAGUAGCCAUCUUUUUGAGAAUGGACGGGGCGAUACGGCGACCGGCCUGCAUCCUGACUAGCGGGCUGGUGGAGGUUGGUGGCCGGGCCUCGAUGCUCCAAACACUGCUCAUUUUCUCGGCUUUCGGGCUGCUCCUUGGACUGCCCGCUGUCACCGAGGCGAAAGAAUGCGACAAACCGUGCGUGAAUGGGCAAUGCAACACGUCUACGGGCAACUGUGUGUGCAGCCCCGGCUGGGUCGGGGACCAAUGCCAACACUGCGGAGGAAGGUUCAGGCUGACUGGUCCCUCAGGGUUCCUGACAGACGGACCAGGGAACUACAAGUACAAGACCAAGUGCACCUGGCUCAUUGAGGGAACGCCCAACAGCAUCCUCAGACUGAGGUUGGACCACUUUGCUACAGAGUGCAGCUGGGACCACCUGUAUGUGUACGAUGGGGACUCUAUCUACACUCCUCUACUGGCUGCCUUCAGUGGGUUGAUAGUUCCUGAGCGCUAUGGCAACGAGACUGUUCCGGAGGUGGUUUCACAGUCUGGUUUCGCCCUCCUCCACUUCUUCAGCGACGCUGCUUAUAACCUGACCGGCUUCAACAUCUCAUAUAGUGUGAACACGUGUCCUAACAACUGUUCUGGCCGAGGGGAGUGUCGUGUUGGGAACUCAACAGGUGCUGUAUAUUGUGACUGUGAAUCCAAUUGGAAGGGCGAGGCCUGUGAUAUCCCUUACUGCCUGUCAGACUGUGGUUGGCCUGACAGGGGACGCUGCCUUCAGGACACAAAGACAUGUCGAUGCCAGCCUGGGUGGCAAGGUCCAGACUGCUCUCUGUCUGUCCCAGCCAACUCCUCGUUCUGGCAGCGGGAGGAGUACCCCGACCCAGGUCUGGCCAGGGCUUCCCACAAGGCUGUAGUGGACCAGGGGAUCAUGUGGGUCGUCGGGGGUUACGUCUUCAACUCCUCAGACUACCAGAUGAUUACAGCGUAUAACCUCAGCUCCCAUCGCUGGCUGUCUCUCAACCGCUCUGUCAACUCCGUCAUGGGACGAUACGGACACUCUCUGGCACUACAUGAGGGAAAGAUCUACAUGUACGGAGGAAAGAUAGACUCUACUGGCAACGUGACCAGCCAGCUGUGGGUGUUCCACAUCCAGAACCAGACCUGGGUGUCCCUCUCCGCUGGAGCCCAGGAACAGUGGGCCGUGGUGGGACACUCUGCUCAUGUAGUGCCCCCCCUGCUGGAGGGAGGUAGUGCGGUCAUGCUGGUCCUCUUUGGACACUGCCCUCUAUAUGGAUACAUCAGCCAGGUGCAGCAGUAUGACAUCGCUAGGAACACGUGGCGUGCCGUGGUUACAGAUGGAGCCCUGGUGCAGGGAGGGUACGGCCACAGCAGUGUGUUUGACCCCUCCUCCCGGGCCAUCUACAUCCACGGAGGGUACAAGGCCUUCAGCGCUAACAAGUACGGCCUGUCUGGAGACCUGUACAAGUACGACGUGGACCGCAGCCGAUGGACAGUUCUAAAGGACAGCGGGUUCUUCCGGUACCUCCACACGGCGGUCAUCGUUAGCGGAACCAUGCUGGUGUUUGGAGGAAACACUCACAACGACACGUCCAUGAGCCACGGCGCCAAGUGCUUCUCCUCGGACUUCAUGGCCUAUGACCUGGCAUGUGAUGAGUGGUCAGUGCUGUCCAGACCAGACCUCUACCAUGAUGUCAACCGGUUCGGACACACGGCCGUCUACAGUGACAGUGUGAUGUAUGUGUUUGGGGGGUUCAACAGUCUGUUGUUGAGUGAUGUCCUGAUCUACACGCCAGCCAGCUGCUCCAGCGCCCCUAGCGCUGCCACCUGUAUAGCGGCCUGGCCGGGGGUUCACUGCGUUUGGAAUGCUAACCUGGGCUCCUGCCUGCCCUGGGACUCGAACCCCGGAUUCCUGGAUGAGCAGACCACCCUGGCCUCCUGUGGAACCAGAACAUAUGUUGACAACGAUCGUUGUGACCAGUACACGGACUGCUACAGCUGUACAGCCAAUACUAACGGCUGCCAGUGGUGUGCUGUUCAGUGUGUCUCCGUGAGCUCCAACUGUACGGCUGUCACGGGGGCCAUAGUGGAGUAUGAUGUCUGUCCUAAAGACAACCCGUCAUAUGUCUGCAACAAGAAGACCAGCUGUAAGAGCUGUGGGGUGGACCAGAACUGCCAGUGGGAACCUCGAAACCAGGAGUGCAUCGCUCUACCAGAGAAUAUUUGUGGUGAGAGUUGGCACCUGGUGGGUAACUCGUGUCUGAAGUUCAUCACAGCAAAGGACUCGUACGACAACGCCAAGCUGACCUGUCGGGGUCACAACGCCGUCCUGGCCUCGUUGACCAAUCAGAAGGAGGUGGACUUCGUCCUUAAAGAGCUGCAGAUCAUGAACGUUCUGUACAAGGCCUUGGUGACGCCGUGGGUGGGGCUGAGGAAGAUCAACGUCUCCUAUUGGUGCUGGGAAGACAUGUCACCCUUCACUAACACCUCCCUCCAGUGGUUGCCGGGGGAACCCAGCGACGCCGGUUUCUGUGGUUACCUAGCAGAGCCGGCUUCCAGCGGUCUUAAGGCCCAGACCUGCAUCAACCCUGUUAACGGGAGUCUGUGUGAACGAGCAGCCAAUCACAGUGCCAAGCAGUGUCGGACGGCGUGCGCCAUGCGGGCUACGUGUGCUGAGUGUACCAGCAGCAGCUCUGAGUGUAUGUGGUGCAGCAACAUGAGGCAGUGUGUGGACUCUAAUGCAUACGUAGCCUCCUUCCCCUUCGGACAGUGUAUGGAGUGGUACACUAUGAACAGCUGUCCACCUGAGAACUGUUCUGGGUACAGGACAUGUGGCCAGUGUCUGGAGCAGCCUGGCUGUGGCUGGUGUACAGACCCCAGCAAUACAGGGCGUGGCCAGUGCAUUGAGGGAUCCUAUCGGGGGCCAUUCCAGACCGCAGUCCCCGCCCCCUCCACCCUGCCUGGCCCCACCUCUAGUCCCGCCUCCCAGCCGGCUCUCAACAUCAGCAUGUGUCCUUACGAUACCAAGUACAACUGGAGCUUUAUACUCUGUCCAGCGUGCCAGUGUAACGGCCACAGUCAGUGUGUGAAUCACAGUGUAUGUGAGAAGUGUGAGGACCUGACAACAGGGCUCCACUGUGAGAGCUGCAUCUCUGGUUACUAUGGAGACCCCACCAACGGGGGCAGCUGCCAACCGUGUAAGUGUAAUGGCCAUGCCGGUGUGUGUAACCCUAACAACGGGAAGUGUUUCUGCACCACCAAGGGCAUCAAAGGAGACCGCUGUCACCUGUGUGAGGUGGAGAACCGUUACCAAGGAAACCCUCUGAAAGGAACCUGUUACUACACCCUGCUGAUAGACUACCAGUUCACCUUCAGUCUGUCUCAGGAGGACGACCGCUACUACACCGCCAUCAACUUUGUAGCAACACCCGAGGAGCAGAAUCGUGAUCUGGUUGUUUUCAUUAACGCCUCCAAAAACUUCAACCUCAACAUCACCUGGGCCGCCAGCUUCACAGCAGGUACUCAGACAGGCGAGGAGAUCCCAAUCAUCUCCAGGAGUAACAUUAAGGAGUUUAAAGACAGUUUCUCCAACGAGAACUUUGACUUCCGCAACAACCCAAACAUCACCUUCUUCGUCUAUGUCAGCAACUUCACCUGGCCCAUCAAGAUACAAAUUGCCUUCUCUCAGCACAGUAACUUCAUGGAUCUGGUGCAGUUCUUCGUCACAUUCUUCAGCUGCUUCCUUUCUCUCCUCCUGGUGGCGGCAGUCGUCUGGAAGAUCAAACAGAGCUGCUGGGCGUCACGGCGACGAGAGCAACUCCUCCGUGAGAUGCAGCAGAUGGCUAGCCGGCCGUUCGCCACCAUCAAUGUUGCCUUGGAAAUGGACGAGGAGCCGCCGGACCUAAUUGGUGGAAACAUCAAGACGGUGCCCAAGCCCAUCGCCAUGGAGCCGUGUUUUGGGAACAAGGCUGCUGUCCUCUCCAUCUUCGUCCGUUUACCCAGAGGCACCGGGGAUCCCCCACCCGGUCAGUCUGGUCUAACGGUGGCCUCGGCCCUGGUGGAUGUGUCUCAGCAGAUGUGUCUUGGUUACAAGGAGAAGUCAUGUGGUCUGAGGAACAGGAAGCAACACCCCUCUGCACAGCCCUCCACCUGUAUCUGACCAUACCCCCUGCCACGGUCCUGGACCCCACCCUGCUCCACCCUAACCCCUCCCCCUGCCCCAGAGACUACACCCCCGGACUGGAGGGAGGGAUGAAGAGAGAGAGAGGCAGGGGGUUUCCUGGGGGGAACUGCAUACCUGCUGAGAGGAGGAGGGGAGCGGGAGAGGGAUGUCUGAUGGACAGUCACACCUUGCAGCUUCCCAACGGACACCUGCUCCACCUGGGGAACCACACCUGGCUGACAGACAUGUGGAACUUAGGGGGAAGAAAAAAAUACUUGUAUUAGUCCUCUACCACCUGGUCAGAGUAAAGGAGAAGCUUGAUCGCUGUCUAUUGUCUGAUCAACUACCAGUCAAUCUGCUUGGUAUGCUGUCUGUCUGUCUGUCUGUUAGACUGUCUGAUCAACUACCAGUCAAUCUACUUGGUAUGCUGUCUGUCUGUCUGUCUGUUAGACUGUCUGAUCAACUACCAGUCAAUCUACUUGGUAUGCUUGUCUGUCUGUCUGUCUGUUAGACUGUCUGAUCAACUACCAGUCAAUCUACUUGGUAUGCUUGUCUGUCUGUCUGUCUGUUAGACUGUCUGAUCAACUACCAGUCAAUCUACUUGGUAUGCUGUCUGUCUGUCUGUUAGACUGUCUGAUCAACUACCAGUCAAUCUACUUGGUAUGCUUGUCUGUCUGUCUGUCUGUCUGUCUGUCUGUCUGUCUGUCUGUCUGUCUGUCUGUCUGUCUGUCUGUCUGAUCAACUACCAGUCAUUCUACUUGGUAUUCUGUCUGUUUCGUAGACUGUCUGGUCAACUACCAGUCAUUCUACUUGGUAUGCUGUCUGUCUGUCUGUCUGCUAGACUGUCUGAUCAACUAUCAGUCAUCCUACUUGGUAUGCUGUCUGUCUGCUAGACUGUCUGAUCAACUAUCAGUCAUCCUACUUGGUAUGCUGUCUGUCUGCCUGAUCAACUACCAGUCAUUCUCCUUGGUAUGCUGUCUGUCUGUCUGUCUGUUAGACUGUCUGAUCAACUACCAGUCAUUCUACUUGGUAUGCUGUCUGUCUGUCUGUUAGACGGUCUGAUCAACUACCAGUCAUUCUACUUGGUCUGUCUGUCUGUCUGUCUGUCUGUCUGUCUGUCUGUCUGUCUGUCUGUCUGUCUGUCUGUCUGUCUGUCUGUCUCAUCAACUACCAGUCAU